AUGCCGGUUCACUGGAAUUUUCGCGAUGUUCUCAAUCUUUAUCCGGAGGACGAUUCUUUCUCAUGCGUAGCAAGUGAUGAAUCUCCCGACGUCCCUCGGCGAUGCAGCAAUGCGGUGGAGAUCCGGGAUCGCAUAGCAGCAGGCACAGUCCUGGACGAUAUAGACGGAUCCACAAGCCAUGAAGCCAUAUUCAAAGGCCUGGAGGAGCUAUCAUGGCUUACACUUUGUAAAAAGCAUCAACACAACAUAGCAAAGCCACAUCCAUCCGCUGCCAACGAUGCCUAUUCCGAUUUCAAAGAGGUAUUUAAAGACCGCUGGACGGCAAUAAGAAGGGAGAAUUCUAGGAACGCCGUUGAGGGAUAUAGACACCACAGGAUGCGAGGCGGCUUGCAGGCCAUUGCCGAUGAUGAGGAUGAAGACCGGAAUUCUCCAAACAAUCCCGCUACCAUGACACAGUAUUUUGAGGAAAAGCUAUCCCAGCAUGGGAAGCGGUCUCCUAUGGCAACUCCCAUGACGGAUAAGAUGUCCUCGAGGACCAGGGAUGAAAACUAUAGGCGGCAGGAUGCCACUGGACACCAGAUUCGCUAUAAUCCGAUAUUUGGCUCUACUAGAUCUGCGGCACGCCGGCCACCAAUUGAGCUGGAGGAAGAAAACGCGGAGAAUGUGCCUUCGCUACGUGUGUUGAUUCAAUCCGCACUUGUUCCUUCGCCUCCAGAGACCCCAAUACAAUCAAUGAACCCAAGCAUACACGAAGACGAGCCUUGGAAUUCCUCGACGUUUGACUCGGCAGACUCGGUCAUUGACAGCUAUUUCGGGGACCGCAGGGAGCCGGAAAGGACAAAGGCUGUUCCAAACCGCGAGGCUAGGUUCAGCUUCGAGCCUGGCAGAGAUGAAUGUCGUUUUAACACACGACACCCUAGCUGGGUAGUCCGAGAUCCAGUCUCACAACGCAAUGGAUCACCACUACAAUCGCCGCCACUGUUAUCAAAAUCCGAAACCGCAAUCCCAAAUUCUCCCCCAAUUCCUGUCAAAUCACCACGCAGGCUGAAGUCAUCGGCCGGCGCCCCACGAAAUUCGAACAUCCCGCGAAAUUAUAUGACCCCUACAGACGCACCACCAAUGCCGUGUAUACCACCUAUGCCUCCGUCACCAGUCUCGCCAGACUUACAAUUAUCUACCCAGCAAACCAUAGGGGAUACCUUUACGAAAGACCCAUCAGCCCCGAUUUCAUCUGUCUCGCGAUUAUCUACCCAGAAUGGUUACGAGCAGAGCACUAUGAAAGACACAUCUGUCCCGGUUUCACCAGUCUCAGGAUUAUCUACCCAGCACAUUUACGAGCACACCUCCACAAAAGAUACGUCUGCCCCGGUUUCACCAGUCUCACGAUUGUCGACCGACCACACUUACGAGCGCUCCUCGAUAGACGACAUAAGCCCACUUACCUCUCGGAACUCCAGCAUUCGAAGCAAGACCGCCAGCACCUUGCCUUCCCCAUAUCAGCAUUGGUUCCAGCACUCACCCAGCACCACUACCACCACCACAACCGCACCAUCUCCACAAUCUCCACAACAGCGUACAUUCCUGAACUCACCUGCCACCACUGCGCCCUCUAUCUCUCUCUCCUCAUCCUCAUCAACCUCCUCCAGCAAAAAGGCGAUCCCUAUAAACGUCCAACUCAAACCCGCUCUCCCGCCACCCACCUCCGCCCUCCCCCCUAUCCCAAACUUGCAUGAGCAUAAACGCAAUGGAAGCAAAGAUCGCCAACAAUCCCCCUUCCACGCUCCCGCCUCAGUUCCCGAGGACAACUUCGACUACUUCAACGCCUCCCUCCACCUCACACCCUACGCCAUAAGUUAUUCCUCUCUGCAGCCGGACGCACAAACCCCACGAGUGUCUUCAUCACGGCCCCGCCCAUCUCUCUCCACAAUCCACUCCGUCCCAACAAUCCCCACGAUCCCCACCCCCAAUUCGGUACUCCGCAAAACCCCCAAGGAAACCCCCAGGAGGCACUCCAAACGCAACAGCACAGCAACGGUCGACGGAUUCGAGAUGUUCGGUCUCGAGCCGAAAUCCACCUUCUCCUCCAUCAGCGGCGACGGGAAAAGCGACAAGUCGAGAUCUCGAUGGCUGAUAGGAAGCCUAAGCAUGAAAAGUAAAGUCAACCAGAGUCUUGCUGCGAAGAAGCGGAAUACGGAGAAGGAGAAAGAGUUUGUGAAGUACACUAGCGUUGGAGUCUUUGGCGCUGCUAGGUUAGCUUGA